GGCUGCUGAAGUCUGAGUUUGUGUUUUAAUGAACUCUAGAAAUGAGGUUUAUAUUCUACUAAACUGCAACAGUAAACUGCUGUAAACAUAAUGCUGCCUGAAUUAUGUUUUCUCUCAACACAAUGAGAAAAUUCUGUUAAUUAAUUUGUAAAGGUAUUUAAGCAGUGGGCUUAUUGGCCACGACACAGAGCAUAAUUCACGUAUCAAGCAAGGAAAGAAGGAGGUAGAAGACGCCACAGCAACACUGCUGGAUUUCAUUGAGAAGAUGCAUGUAAACUUAAGCUUUGUUGAUUUCCCGUCAGCUUUUAACUGCAUGCAGCCCCAUAUUCUAGCUUGCAGGCUUUCUGAGAUAUCUGGCAUUGACUUUGGUUGUAUUUGGCUGGUCGACCUCCUGACAGUGAGUCACAGAGAACUUGUGUUAAUGACACUUUGUCUGAGAGGCUGACGUGUUCUGCAGCAUCACCUCAGAGGUGCGUUUUGUUGCUCUUGUUAUUUGUGCUGCAAUGAAUCCCAGAGUAUGUUUGAGUCAAGGUUCAUAAUCAGGUUAGCUGAUGUUUCAGUGACCGUCAGCCUCCUGAUGGACCAUGAGGUGGGCUGGGACAGUUUCAUCAAAUGGUCUGAUGACUCAUACUUGCAACUCAGUGUCUCUAAGACAAAAGAGACACUUAUCGACUUUCGCUGAAACCUUCCUGUCACGGCAUGUGCUUUUGUCAAUAAGUGGAGACAGUAAGCCGAUACAGAUCCCUCAGGUGAGCUACGCGUCCACGGCUCCGGAGCUGAGCGAUAAUAACCGCUAUGACUUCUUCUCUCGGGUGGUUCCACCAGACUCGUACCAGGCUCAGGCCAUGCUGGACAUCGUCAAAGCUCUGGGCUGGAACUACGUGUCCACGCUGGCCUCGGAGGGAAACUAUGGAGAGAGCGGAGUGGACGCCUUCAUGCAGAUCUCCAGAGAGGCUGGUGGGGUGUGUAUCGCUCAGUCGGUGAAGAUUCCUCGCGAGCCAUCGGACGGAGAGUUUGAUAAGAUCAUCAAACGUCUGAUGGAGACGAGUAACGCCAGAGGAGUGAUCAUCUUUGCCAACGAGGACGACAUCAAGCGGGUCCUCGAGGCGGCGGAACGUGCUAACCUGACGGGUCACUUCCUGUUUGUGGGGUCGGACAGCUGGGGAGCAAAGAGUUCACCAAUUGCAGAUCUGGAGGACGUCGCCGAGGGAGCCGUCACCAUCCUGCCCAAACGGGCGUGCAUCGAAGGUUUCGAUCAGUACUUCAUGUCUCGUUCUCUGGAGAACAACCGCAGGAACAUCUGGUUCGCUGAGUUCUGGGAGGAUGACUUCAGGUGUAAACUGACUCGACCUGGAAUCAAACUGGACCCCGACAAGAAAAAAUGCACAGGUGAGGAGAGGAUCGGUCGGGACUCGUCAUACGAGCAGGAGGGGAAGGUGCAGUUCGUGAUCGAUGCGGUGUACUCGGUGGCGUACGCGCUGCACAGCAUGCACCAGGACCUUUGUCCCGGCAGCCCCGGAGUCUGCAGCAACAUGGACCCUGUGGAGGGACGCUCGCUGCUCGACUACAUCCGAGCCGUCAACUUCAACGGAAGUGCAGGUACCAGUGUUUUGUUCAAUGAGAACGGAGACGCGCCCGGACGCUACGACAUCUUCCAGUUCCAGAUGACUAAUCACAGCCACCCUGGUUACCAUGUCAUUGGCCAGUGGACCAAUAACCUGCGACUCAACCUGGAGGAGAUGCAGUGGUCUGGAGGAGAUAAAACAGUUCCUAAGUCCAUCUGUAGUUUUCCGUGUCAACCAGGAGAGAGGAAGAAGAUGGUGAAGGGUGUUCCGUGUUGCUGGCACUGUGAGCUCUGUGACGGGUAUCAGUACCAGCUGGAUGAGUUUAACUGUGAGACCUGUCCGUCAGACAUGCGCCCCGUUCCAAACAGAACCGCCUGUCGUCCGACUCCGAUCAUCAAACUGGAGUGGAACUCCCCCUGGGCUCUAGUGCCUGCCUCCCUGGCCAUGCUCGGUAUCUUAGCAACCAGCGGCGUGGUGAUUACCUUCAUCCGUUUUAAUGACACGCCCAUCGUCAGAGCGUCAGGAAGAGAACUCAGCUAUGUACUACUGACAGGUAUCUUUCUUAUCUACUUGAUCACCUUCCUGAUGAUCGCGGAGCCAGGUACGGUGGCUUGUGCGUUCCGGCGCCUCCUGCUGGGCCUUGGCAUGGCCAUCACCUACUCCGCCAUGUUAACCAAAACCAACCGCAUCUACCGCAUCUUCGAACAAGGCAAGAGGUCAGUGACACCGCCCAAAUUCAUCAGUCCCACCUCCCAGUUGGCCAUCACCUUUGUCCUCAUCUCCGUCCAGGUCCUCGGUGUGUUUGUGUGGUUUGCUGUCGUCCCGCCUCACACCAUCAUUGACUACGAGGAGCUCCGCCCCCCGAACCCUGACCUGGCCAGAGGAAUCCUGAAAUGUGACAUGUCCGACCUGUCAAUCAUCUGCUGCCUCAGCUACAGCAUCGUGCUCAUGGUAACAUGCACAGUGUACGCAGUGAAAAGUCGUGGUGUCCCGGAGACGUUUAAUGAAGCGAAGCCAAUCGGCUUCACCAUGUACACCACCUGCAUCGUCUGGCUCGCCUUUGUACCGAUCUUCUUUGGUACUGCCCAGUCCACUGAGAAGCUGUUUAUCCAGACAGCCACUCUGACUGUGUCCAUGUCUCUCAGUGCGUCCGUCUCUCUCGGGAUGCUCUACAUGCCGAAGGUUUAUGUCAUCAUUUUCCACCCUGAGCAGAAUGUCCAGAAGAGGAAGAGAAGCUUCAAGGCGGUUGCCCAGGCUGCUCGGAUGUCUCAGAAAUCAUUAAAUGAGAAACAGAACGGAGAGACGAAGAUAGAACCCGACAGAUCGCAGUAAUACUACAACCUGCAGGAAGCAGUUUGACCAAUCCCCGUGCAGAGCCUGAUGACAGUCAUCAUCAUCAUCAUCAUCAUCAUGAAGAUCACAUGGUUCACCCCCAAUACCCCAUACACACACACACACACACA